AUGGCUGCUGCGACAAGCCAAAAUUCUAAUGCUCGAUUUCUGGACGCCAACGAGGAGCCCCAUCAAGUUCUGCUCCCUAUUCGUGGCUAUGCAAACGAACCAUUGUUGCCGCUUGAAGAGGCUAUUAAGCCGAUCGAUGAUCAACUCGAUGAUCUCGAUAUAAUGGUCGACACGGCCCAACAAAACUCAAAAAAACCAGCAGAUGGACUCACUCGCGAUGAAUCGGCUGCCAUUCAUCUCUAUACGAUGCAAUGGGAAGAGCCUAGUGUAAGCCUUUACACGAAGCUCAAUACUAUACUUCGAUCAAAACGACGAGAACCGCUCAAACCAUGGUUUCGUUACUUGAAGCUGGUUCUCACCGCUUUAUUCAAACUGCCAUCAUUGAAGGCUACAGUCUGGCGGGGAGUUCGCGGCAAUUUGAGCGAUCAAUACGAUGAAGAUAUAGUAUGGUGGGGAUUUAGUUCAUGUACGGAAAGUAUGCGUGCGAUGGAACAAUUUGUUGGAAAGUCCGGUGUACGAACUUUAUUCACCAUUGAAUGUAUUAAUGGUAAAGCUAUUCAAGCCCAUUCAUUCUACAACGAUGAAAGCGAAAUCCUUCUUUUGCCUGGCACAUACUUUCGUGUUGUGGAUAAGUGGAGUCCAGCUAAAGAUUUAUACAUGAUUCAUUUGCGAGAAACACCUCCACCACGACCAUAUCUCGAGCCGCCUUUCGUGUCAACAACAUCGGACACUGUCAUUUCUACAGGGCCUGCAACAACUAUGAAAACAACAGCUAAACAAAAUAUUGCAACUUCGAAAACAGAAGGUUUAUCAAGUGCUGCUGCCUCUGCAACAUCCAUGAAACCAAAAAGUAAGCAUUUUUUUAAAUUUUACUUAGCAUAUUCCUGUAGAGAAUUCUCAGUAUAAUAUUCAGUAGUAGGGACAUGAGUAUGCCGAGAAUCGAAGCUAGCACAUAUUUCUUUUAUCGAAGCCAGUUGGAAAAAGAUUUUCAAGUUAGAAACAAGCUUGCGGGUGUGAACUCUAAGGUGCAUUCUAAGAAAAGAUCGUAUUAGUAAAGAGCUCACAUUUGGCACCAGAUUUUAAUGACAUUUUAAUAUUGUGAAUUUGUAGCUAAAAUCCUACCACACAUUAAUCAAUUUCUUUUCUUCCUAAUGAACUGCCACUGAUGAAGACGGACACAUUUUUUCUUGCUAUGAUUAGGAUGCGUGAGAGAAGAACACAGCCACAUGCACAAAAUUUUUAGCAAAAUAAGGUGCCCAACGUUAAGUUUCAAGUGUAAGAUCUUAUUUUUUUUGCAUAUGCUUAUGAAGCUUGAAGAUUUGCCAAGCCUGAUCUUGGCAAUAUCUAUUCUCUUUUAAUUCAUUUAUAGUAUAUCCAAGAACUCAAAACAUCAAUAAAAAUAUGAUUCAAUUAAUGUCAAUAUAUUGAAAAGUUAAAUACUGAGAGAUUAAAUGCGAAAAAAAAUGAAACUUUCGCUGAUGAAAUGGGCACUUUCGAAAAACUAGUUCCAAAUCAAUACGGAUAUCGCACUGAUGACGAUAAAAGUACCCUGUCUAGAUAUAUUUAUCAUAGUAGUCUAUGAUGAGCACCACAAGUUCAUAUCCUAACAAAGAAAAAACGGAGUUUUCGUAUAUCCGAAUUCGACAGAUCUAAGAUAUUUAAUACUUGAACAUAGAUUUCAAGUGUGGCAUGCAUGAGACUAUAGGACAGGAUGGAGACAUUGUAUUUUUUUGAUAAAUACUUCAAUUAUCGUUGUCAAUGUUGUUUGAUAAAGAAGAAGCUAUGAAGUUUAUGCUGAAGUUACUUAAAAUGUUGAUAACUUUCAUUUAGAAGGUCCAGAAUUCGCCACACCCGAUCCAACGAAAGAACUGGGUUUGAAUUAUUCAUUUCUUGUGCAACCACUGGAUAAGCAUAACAGUUUUAAUCCUUUGCUUCAAAUAGAAAAAAGUAGAUAAACAAAGUUAUUGUUAUGAGUAUUCAUCUAUUCUAUGAUUUUUCAACACUUCACUAUAACAAAAUUCUCAUUUGCAACAAGUAAAAUAAGUGAACAAGAGAUUAAGGGUCGUACUAUUCAGUCACCUCUUUUGUAUACUGCACUCCAUUCAAGAGCGUUUAAAUCUAGUCUGAGAAAAUCAAGAUAAGAGAAUACCGUCGUCGUCGAAAUUAUUCGACAGUCAAAAAUAUGUCAAUCAUUAGGCCGACUUGAACGAAUUCGUUCUCAGUGAACAUGUUUCGCGAAUAGAACGCUUGCGCCAAUUGCGGCAAAUGUCGUUAUGAUCACACGUUUUUCAUGCAACCUCGAAUUCAUAGCCGAACUAUAGGUCUUAACUUUGAAGUAAAACCAACAUAAAUGAACAGAAUAUUGAUGCGAUUGAUUCCUUUGAUAGGUCAUCUUCUUUAUGCUUGACAGAUGGGCCGUGGUGUUUUGAAGUGAAUGGAACAAAUGAAUAUGACCGUUGGUAUUAUUCAAAGCAUGUAUUUGACAUGUAAGCAUCAAUGUGUCGUUGAAUCGAAACAAUAACUAUAAUGAAGACAAAAUAGGUCAACAAAAUCUACGGAUGAUGAUCAUCCAUUUAACAUAUGACAUUCAAAAAGUUUAUCUUUGUUGAAUCACUGCUGUCAUGUUUGUGAAACAGAUGAACAAAAUCAUCCAGCAAGCUGGGAAUGGAUGGCGAUGAUUUGUUUGUGGUACGAUCGUCGAACGUCUUUGUCAAUGGUAAACUUUGUAUCGUAGCAAGUAAUAUAAGUGAAUAUAACAGCCAGGGUCAGAAUGCUUCAUUUUUUAUCUGAACUAUGAUUAACUUGGAGACUCACAUUACUAGAAACAAAGUGAGUGUCAUUAAUAAACACGACUAUUACAAGAAUUACAACCAGUCAUUCACCUUAUUAUCUCUUAGAACCGCUUAUUUUUCAAGCUUUUAUUUUAAUAAACGCCAUUUAAUUGAACAUGAGCAUUCGGGAGACAAAGAUCAUGAUAAUUCCUCCGCUAUGUAAUCUUUUGCUCAACAGAUAACCUCGUACACCUUCAUUUAAAGUAAGCUAGCAAGAUAGAUGAAUAGAUUCAUCGACAGCGUUGUAUUGAUCCAUAAAUCUGAUUAUCUUUGGCCAGCGUAUUGAUUUUCAUGAGUUAUUUGGAUAUUUGCAAAGAUAGUUGAAUAAACGUUUUGGCGAAUGAUAGUUUACAUAUCAUGAGAACUUUUUCGAUCAUACGUAACUCAGAUGUUGAAAUUCAAAUUGAUCACCGUAAGUGAACAAAAUCUCGAUAAUGCAUAUUCACCAGCUACACGAUCGCUGAUCAACAUGAACAAGAAUCGAUCAUCAUUUCAUAAUACGAAAGAUAGAUGAACAAACAAUUGGUGAAAAUGAUUCAUUUAACAUGCAAUCUUUUAUAUACUUAACAAUGCAUCAUCUUUCGUAUGAAUAAGGAAAAAUAUAUGAAUGAAACUCUCCAUAUUGGAAUUACUUCAAGCUUUAUCAUUAUUCAGUAGUCGUGCCAUAGUGCAUGAGCUACGAUCAAUGCACCUAUUUUGACACCAAAUGAAUAAAUUAAGUGAAUAGAUCUUUCGUUAGGAUUAUUCAUUUGAUAUAUGAUGACGGAUUAGCUGCAGAUUUUCCAAUAUUUGUUUCAUAUUGAUGAAAAUAAACAAAUGACAUAAUACUGAUCAUUAUCAUUCAUUUGUCACUUUGAACAUACUCUGAUGUUUGUGAAGAAAAUUUUACUUUCAGGUAGUUGCGAUUGAUGAAUGGAUGGUUGGAGCAACAUGUCGUUAUAAAACAUCCUUGUCCAUGUGAUCUUCGAUCAGCUGACCGAGUCGCAACCUUUGCUUCGAAGUGAGCAAAAGAGGUGAACAGAAGUGUCUUGAUAUAGGUUCCUUGUCCAUGUGAUCUUCGAUCAG